CUUGGCCUCAAUACCUGACACCUGUUCACACUUGAUUAACAAGAAAACAGCCACCUGUUGUGGAGCACAUAAAGGCAACAACAAAAAAAACAUCAAGUCCUACACGCCAGAGAAAACAUGAAGUUGUUUAUGGUGCUUGUGUUCGUGCUGCUACUUUCUGUCACAACUCAGCAAGUUGGCGCUUCAGAAGAUGCAAAAGUUCAAGAUGAAGGCGUGAAGACUGCCUGUGAGCAGUUCGGAGAAGGUUUCUGCACCAGAGAGUUGGACCCGGUGUGUGGCACUGAUGGAGCGUCCUACCCCAAUUUGUGUGUCCUCUGCCAGCGCAACAGAAUGCAUGGGACACAAAAGGUGAAGGUGGCACGUAAAGGAUGGUGUAACUAAAUGUGCACCCCUCCAUUGAGAGACAAAUCAUCAGCAAAAACGGAACUUGUCAAUAAAACUAUGGUAAACCGUU